AUGUCGACUUCAGUAUCCUUCCCUGGUCAAGCAGGCGGCGAGCUCGCUGCUGACCUCAAGAUCGACCUUCCACGUAAUGCUACCGCCAAAGAAGACACACACUCAGUAUCAGCAACACCCGCAGCACCAGCAGCGGCGUCAUCACUUCACCGUCGCCAAAACUCGUUCCAGGCCAAUGACAAGCCUCCCAACGCUCAUCCUGCCGCUUGGCACCAUCAUCCACGUCAACCAGGCUCACACGCUGAGGGCUAUUUCCCUGCAACAUCUGCAGUUCCCAAGACACCUUCCAGCUUGUCCAUGCGUGGUCAUGGUCGAGCACAGAGCAGUUCAGGCAGCACCUUUUCCGCACAUCCGAUGAACCUCAACCUCAAUUCUUCCUCCGUCGCGCCACCCAACGUCGACGGCGCUUCCUUGCAAUCUGCUUUCGAUGCUCAUGGCUCGCAUCAUGCAGGUCCCAGCAGUGUCAGCCAUCUCAGUCUUUCCGGUCAUCCAGGCAUGCAUGGACUGGGUAUGGGAGGUGGCUACAGUGCUCGUCCACCCAGUCCCAGCACGCUUACAAAUAUCAUUCUGGGUCUGCACAACACCUUUUACUCGUGCAAGCGCAAGCCAGAGGAAGUGAAGGAAAUGCUAUCGCGAUACUACGAGAGCGGAGCUGUGUUCGAAUCUCCCCUGCUCUCCGCACAUGGAAGGGACCAGAUUGCCAACCAGUUCAUCAUGGCGUUUGCUCUGCCUGGUAUGGAUGUUCAGUCAGAGCUGCGAGACGUCAUUUGCUCUGACUUUGAAUUCGACGGCACACGAGCAGGAAUCAUUGACCAUACCAUCACAGUCACCUUCUUCCCUAGCCUCUUUGGCUCGUCCAACUCAAAACCCACGCCAGACCCGGAUGCAAGUGAUGUGAACCGCACGCCACGAGCUUCCUAUCCUUACUCUGCCUCUGCCUCUGCCUCUGCCUCUGCAUUUCCCAUGACCCCACAUCCAUUUAUCGACUAUGCCAACAGCGCCUAUUCCCGUAUUGCGCAGAGUCAUCCUCACAGCCCCACAACGCCGUUCAGCAUCGCUAGCAUCUGGGGCGGCUCUCGGCCCCACACACCAGGACACGCACCUUCUGCAGGCGGCCUCAACGGAAACGGCAUCCGUCCGCUCUCCGGAACCGCCAACACUCCACCCAGCGUCAACGGAGAAGACUCUGAUCCACCCUCGAGCUCCACCUUGCACAACCUCAGCCACGGUAACAACGCGCAUCACUACAUCGACGCAGAGACGGUUCAGCAGCAACUUGGAUCGCGUCCAUCCAUCCCUGCCGAUGCGCUCACUCCACACUGGACGAGCGAGGGGUUGGGUCGACAGACAUUCCGUACCUUGAUCUGGUCUUUGUUCCAUCCUAGGGCGGUGUUGAAGUCGUUGUGCAGUGUUCAGCUGCGAGUGAUGAGUAGGUUAGAGUUCAACGAUGCUGGGUUGAUUGUGAGACAUGAAGAUACGUGGGGGUUGAGGGAGACGAUUGAAGGUGUAAUUCCGUUUGCUAGUUUGAUCUAUUCGAUCGAGAGGAGAUUGCUUGGGUUCUUGGUGUCUUGGGCCAUUGCCAAAGGGUUCAAGAUCUCGGCUGCGCUAUUGCGAAAGGCUAUUCCAGGAGGAUCCUCUUGGACUGAGUUAGAGGCGCAUUCUUCUUUGGGAGGACAUCAGAUCAGCCAGCAUGAGGCCGAGGCGAUGUUCACUCAUGCUCAUCUCCCACACCACCACGGAUUGCAUGGUGGAAGAGGUGGACGAGAGUUGCAGACGAUCUCUCGAUCGCGUGCACCUUCGCCCAGCAGGUUCCGCUUCGAUUCUCGUCCAGGCGGGACAGUCACCGGUACUCGAUCUCGGGCUCGAUCGUUGGUAGGAUCCCACUCGAUUGCUUCCUCGAGGGCUAUCUCGACAGAUAAUCUCGUGCAGCACUUUGCUUCAGCGACCAAUACUCUUCAAGUCGAAUCCCGUCGCUCAGCAGAUCUCCCGCCUGACUCGAGUGCCAAGUUCCGAGAUCGAUCAGCAAAGAGGAUCGACGGUGGUAGGGCGACAAGUACCAACUCGGCUCCCCCUACUGCUCUGCCUGCUUCUGGAUCAAACAGCUCGAAUUUGGUGAGCUUUGAGGGUGAAUAUGCAGGUGGACCGACAGCACAUCUGGUCAACAUGUGCGAACACUUUUCGGCUCAAUCAAGACCCCAUAGCAAAGCGGCCUCUGUGGUGUCGAAUGAUGAUACCAGUAGGGGCGCAUUGCAUUCAAACAACUGUAGAGGAUAG